AUGUCUGCGAAAAACACGCUACCACCUCCUUACACGACUUGCCAACUCCGCCGUUACACUCGCUACCCCAAACUCUACGCCGAGCGAAGAUAUCCGCAUCCAUCCCCUCCCUCCAGCCAGCCUAGCCAGCCAUUCCGGCUCAUGAAGCUCCCCGCCGAACUCCGCUGCAUGAUCUAUGCCUCCGCGCUCACCUUUCCCUUCCCCAUCGAACUCUGGCCCGAAACCGACAACCACAUCGCCUCGCACCAAAUUGUGACCGCAAACCGCAACAUGCAGUACCUCAAAGCCAAGAUGCGGCAGCUCGGCGUGAAUUUGAACCUACUGAGAAGAACGAGUGGCGUUUCAGCGGGAUGA